AUGUGGUUGUGGACAUCGUCUCUCAACUUCGUCUUGGCAAUACUUCAACUGGGUUUCAAUCUACUCGUAUUGAUCGCUGUUGCUUCGGAUCGUCGUCUUCAUACCAACAUCCAUCUCCUAUCCACUAGCUUAUGGGUUUGCAAUAGUAUCACUGCAAUCGUCACCAUCUUCUUCUCUCUAAAUCCAUCGCAAUGUCUAGAAGUACCAUGUUUCCAGCAUCAACAACUUCCGAAACAGCUCGUCGACAUGAAGUCCCGCUCGUUCGCCGAAUUGGAAAAGUUUCCGGCGCUGACGACAGCGAUUCUGUUGAACUCGACGAUUAGCUUGCUGACCUUGCUGACAAUUGGAUUUGUACACGCGCUCGCUCGACACAACUAUCAUCUAUCGAGAUCGCAACUGUCCCGUCUGAUCGGUUCAACUUGGCUUCUCGUGACGUUGCUACUGUUAUCCGACUUCUUCCUAAUCCGUCUAUCCCGCUCUUUCGUCUUAGCCGUUCCAUUCCACCUCGCUCUCCUAUCAGUCUUUCUCGUGCUUAAUCUGAUUAUCCAUCCGCUCAAUUUGAUCCAACUGAUAAUUUCACAAAGAUUAAAUCCCGAGGAGAACAGUCAUACGGUUCGGUUGAAAAAGGAUUGUGCGACAGCGUCACUCUGGUUGCUUCUCAACAGACAAAACAACUCUAUCAUGGGUAUCGAAGUUGCCGCAUUUUCCGUGCACUGUGUUGCGAAUCCAUUGAUAGCAGUCAUAAGAGACAGGCAGCUAGAAAGGAGUCUCUCUAGAAUUAUAAUGAGAAAUAAACGACCACGUACGAACCACGAAGAAGACUUGAUCAUUGCUCUGAUGCGUGACCCACCACCGCCAUACACCGAAUAA